AUUUGUUUGAUGAUUCUUUAACAAUUGAAAUUGAAGACACCACCGUUGACGUUUACCUUGAGAAAGAACUUGAUGAAGAGCUUUUGCAGAUUAGCACCAAAGCAGUGGAUAUAGAUAUGGAAGAUGAGCUAACAAUAGAAAAUUUGUUUAAUAUUUAA